AACAACUUUCUGCUAUACAAAAAUUGAAGAAGCUAACGAGCAUAUUAGAUAUAUGAUUGUGGGAAAAGUAAAUCAAGAUGAGCCUCCUUAAUUGAUGGACUGCAGAAUUAGAACAGAAGCAUGUCGAUACCCAUCAUCUUCUCUUCCCUCCAAUUUUUAUCGCCUCCAGUGCACGGCACUGGUCGCCGAUCAAUGAGUCUUUUGAUAUUCGCAACGAGCAAGGUGCAAGAACUCGAGAUUUGAGCAAAAAAAAUGCGAUUUUUUUACAGACUGAGGUACCACGUCUUAAUGAAACCAGUUGCAGGUCAUCUAACACAUGUUCACAAUACUACAAAGAAGCAAACCUUCUUAAGCUUCUCCUCCUUGGCGUUUACUUCCGAUUUUUCUAAAAACCCACAUUCUCCCUUCCUUAAAACCCGGUUUAAAAGGCGUGAAUUGGCCAAUUUCUUGCAACUGUAUGUAUCAGAUAAUCCCGUUUACUAUAAGAUGAUACAUGGUCAGAUUGUCGUUUUGGGCUUUGAGUCGGAUACAUUGCUUCUGAAUAUUCUAUUGAAAGCUUAUUCAAUCUGUAAUCAUCUCGACGAUGCACGUAAGCUGUUUGGUAAAAUGUGCAGUAGGAACUUAAUUACUUGGUCGACGAUGAUUUCCGGGCAUGCCCAACAUGGGUAUAACGAGGAUGCUUUGCUGCUGUUUUCGGAAUUAAGAGAAGUUUGUGAUGAAAGUCCAAAUGGGUAUAUUCUGGCAAGUCUUAUUCGUUCUUGCACACAAAUGGGUAAUAGUGGUGAUCAUCUUGGCUUUCAGAUACACGGUUUUAUUGUUAAGAGUGGUUUUAGUCAAGAUGUUUAUGUGGGAACCGCUUUGAUUAAUUUCUAUGCGAAAAAUAUUUCUGUAGAUGAAGCAAGAGUGGUUUUCGAUGAUCUUGUGGAGAAAAAUGAGGUGACUUGGACUACGAUUAUAGCUGGGUAUGUCAAAAGUGGUAGAAGUGAAGUGUCCUUGCAGUUGUUUAAUCAAAUGAGAAAAACUAAUAUUGUCCCUGACAAAUAUGUACUAUCUAGUGUUUUGAAUGCCUGCUCAGUGCUGGAGUUUGUUAAAGGUGGGAAGCAAAUUCAUGCUUAUGUUUUGAGGAAGGAAGGUGGAACAGACAUGGAUGUUUCCGUUAUUAAUGUGCUUAUAGAUUUUUAUGUGAAAUGUGGAAAAGUGAAAGCUGCAAGGAGACUUUUCGAUCAGAUGGUGGUUAGAGAUGUUAUUUCAUGGACAACAAUGAUAGCAGGGUACAUGCAGAAUUCAUUUGAUAGAGAAGCCAUUGCGCUGUUUACUGUGAUGGCCAGACUGGGUUGGGAGCCAGAUGGGUUUGCUUGCACAACUGUUCUCACCUCAUGCGGUUCACUUGAGGUUCUAGAACAUGGAAGACAAGUGCACGCUUACACUAUCAAGGCUAAUCUUGAAAAGGAUGAGUUUGUUAAAAAUGGGUUGAUAGAUAUGUAUGCAAAAUGUGAUUCUUUGGUUUAUGCAAGACGUCUUUUUAAUGAUAUGACUUUUUAUAAUGUGAUAUCUUAUAAUGCAAUAAUUGAAGGAUAUUCAAGACAGGACAAGCUAUUAGAAGCUUUGGGUCUUUUCCAUGAGAUGAGGCUAAGGUUGCUUCCACCAAGUCUUUUGACAUUUGUUAGUCUUCUAGGUUUAUCUGCUUCGUUAUUAAUCUUGGAACUGAGCAAACAAAUUCAUGGUCUCCUAUUCAAAUUUGGGCUCUCUGAGGAAAUUUUAGUAGGCAGUGCUCUAGUAGAUGUUUACUCUAAGUGCUCAUUUAUCAAAGAUGCAAGACUUGUCUUUGAUCAAAUGAACGAGAAAGAUAUUGUAGUAUGGAAUGCAAUGUUUUUUGGCUACACCCAACAGUUGGAAAAUGAAGAAGCGCUCAGGCUAUAUUCAGAAUUACAGUUAUCAGGAGAGAGACCUAACGAGUUCACUUCUGCUGCUUUAAUUACUGCAUCUAGCAACCUUGCUAGUCUCCAACAUGGUCAACAGAUCCAUAACCAGAUCAUAAAAAUGGGUCUCGAAUUUGAUCCAUUUGUAACAAAUGCCCUGGUUGAUAUGUAUGCUAAUUGCGGAAGCCUUGAAGAGGCUCAUAAGACCUUUAGUUCUACAAUUCAUAGAGAUGUUGUUUGUUGGAAUUCUAUGAUUACAUCAUAUGCAAAUCACGGGGAAGCCAAAAGAGCUCUUAAGAUGUUUGAGGAAAUGAUAACACUGGGAAUAAAACCCAACUAUAUAACAUUUGUAGGUGUUCUAUCAGCAUGUAGCCAUGCUGGUCUUGUAGAAGAUGGGUUUCAACAAUUUGAAUCGAUUCCCCAGUAUGGUGUUGAACAAGGGCCAGAACAUUAUGCCUGCAUGGUUUCUCUUUUAGCCCGUUCUGGUAAACUCUAUGAGGCUAGAGAGUUUAUUGAGAAAAUGGCAGUGAAACCAUCAGCUGUAAUAUGGAGGAGCUUGCUUACUGCAUGUAGAGUUGCUGGUGAUAUUGAAUUGGGGAAACAUGCAGCUGAAAUGGCAACUUCAAUUGAUCCGGCAGAUAGCGGGUCAUACAUUCUACUUUCAAAUAUCCUUGCAUCUAAGGGUAUGUGGGCUGAUGUGAAGAAAGUGAGGGAGAGAAUGGACUAUCAUGGAGUAGUGAAAGAACCUGGGUGUAGUUGGAUUGAAGUGAACAAUGAGGUUCAUGUGUUCAUUGCAAGAGACACAACUAAUCAUAUAAGCAAGCUAAUUUAUUCAGUAUUAGAUAAUUUGAUCUUGCAAAUGAAAGAUUGUUACAUACAUGACACUAUUACACUUCUGCUGAAUGAUUGAGGAGAAAAAUGGUAACAGUGGAAUAUUUAUUUAUUCUUUAAUUUGGAGAUCUUCAGCAGUUAUGAAGAAGAAAACUUUCUUGCCCAUGUGAGUGAUUCUGAGCACAAAAUUACAUAUUUGUUCAGGGAGAUAUUUGAGUUUCAGCAAUUGUUUGGUUUGUGGAUUUGAAAGAAGAUUUGGAUGAUAGCUGCUGUAUAUGAACUUGUAGUAACAUUUUCCUGGUCUUGAGUACAAAUUAAAUAAACACGAGAGCUGCUGAAUGGCGAAGGUUAUGGUUUUUCCUUAUAAUGGAACCAUAAACAUUAGUCAAAAGCUUGUGGUUUGGAAAUAGUUUUGGGGGCAUAUUGUAAUCGGAACAUCAAGUUAAUCGGUGAAUAUUCUGAAACUCUAGUUCAUCCUUUUGUUACUGGAGUGGAAGAGAGAACUGAAACAUAUGGUAAAGGUCUCCAGAAGAUUAUUGUUGUAUGUAUAUAUUUUAAAUUAGCUCAUUUUGUACUGAGAAACGUGAAAUAAUAACAAUAGGAUUGCCCUCCUCAUUCAUCCUCUAA